CGCAAAUGCAACAGCCACAUGGUACUUACUCUACAGAGUAAGGAUACGGUAGAAUAACUGGAAAUUGGCAGAAUGACCUAAUUAGUCACCACUUGCCUAGUUGUCUGUUCCUCUAACCUGCGGGUUACCGUCAGGAACAAUUGCCUCUUUCCUAAACUAUUCUUCUUGCCUUUCCCAGAAUCCACAGUGCAUGGGCAGUAGUAGUAAGCCCACUAGGAAAAUGGCUGUCAAGAGAAAACGGUCCAGGUCUGGUUGCCUGCCAUGCCGCAAUCGGCGCCGGAAGUGUGAUGGUGCCCGUCCACGAUGUCGAAAUUGCGGAUCGAGGGGAUACAGUUGCCAAUGGGGACUGAAAGUCUCUUUCCAUCCUUCGCGCAAUUUUUGCUUGUCGCAUUGGGAGACCGCUGCAUUGGCGGUAUUGCAAGAGCGGUGGAAUCAUUCAUCGCGACGUGCUCGGGAUUUUGCUACGAUUAUUGACGAAACGGAGGGCAUUGUACAGAGCUAUAGCACUCUCGAGGAUGCGCCAUCUCCUUCUAUGUCUGACUCGGAUCUGCUCCGGUUACGCGAGGGUAUGGAGGAUGAUGAUGACGACGAAGAGGAAUCUAUUACAAACGGUGCCUCAGCAUUGACCUUUCCAGGGAGUGGCCGUGAUUCCGGAUUGGAAAGUGAUUCGGAGAAAUUCGACUCCGAUCUCCAUGCAUACAAAUCUACUCAGCAGCAAGGUGAUGGGAUAGCAGAUACUGAAACCCACAUAGAUGACCUGCUAUCUGGACAGGAAGUUGAAACCCCGACAGGGCCGUCUUUGGACCUGGCAUUUCCUCCGUUGCCAGAGCCAACACGCCCUCGGUCGUUUAGUGGCCCGAUAGUCCUAGAUACCUCGACGUACGCCCCACCUUUUUUUCUCGGUCAGGCAAUUUCCAAUGAUAUCCCCCUACCCCCGGAAUCCUCAUUGCCUGUAUCGAAUGCGGAAAAGGUGCGUCUGAUUUGCUCGUACAUGCAAGAAACCGGUACCUGGUGUGAGACGACGGAUUCCGAUAUGCAUUUCACAAUGCGGAGUACCCACGAAGUAAUGAAGUCCGCUGCAUUUACUGCUGCGGCGAUGUCUCUAGCCUCGCGUCAGUUGGACCAUGUCGAGCAUCGACAACAGCCAAUUACACUUGAGCUGUACCAAUAUACCGUCCAAUUGCUUCUUCGUCAGGAUCCUGCUAAAGUAGAUGCGUCACUGCUGGCAACUUGCACGUUGCUGUGUGUGUAUGAGAUGAUGGCAUCUGGGGUUCAUGAAUGGCGACGGCAUUUGAAGGGUUGCGCAAGCCUACUCCAGGCUAAAAAGUGGAAUGGGUCGAGUCAGGGUAUUGUAAAGGCUUGCUUCUGGGCAUUCGCUCGAAUCGAUGCCUGGGCCGCCUUCAUCAGCGGCAAGGCAACCCUCAUUCCUACUGAUUUUUUGGGCAACGUGGAUGACUACUGUAACCUGGCUAUCUUGAUCUUUGCACAGAUCGUAAACUUACUACAUACUGAUAAAAGGCAUCAGCCUGCAUUGGCUACUUCAGUGUCGAGUCUACGGGAUGAACUUCAGAAGUGGUACCGGCUUCGUCCGCAGGAAGUCUGUCCACUGCUGAGGGACUCUUCGGUGUCCUCUAAGGUAUUCCCUACGAUUGUUUACACUCAUGCAUCUUCCAUUUGCGGCAAUACUUUUUAUCAUACUGGUUCUAUUUUGCUCCUGCAGACGGGGCUUCUCCAAGUUCCUAAUUCUUCGUCUCUCCUGGAAGAUGCUGAUAACGCAUUCUGGCAUGCGCGCGAGCUCGCUGGUAUCUCCAUAUCCAAUUCAUCACACGCAAACUGGGUAAAUCAUCUCCAGCCCCUGUACAUCGCAGGUACAGUAUUUGCCAGUAACCGCACAGCCCCUGGGUGCGAGGAAGUAGCCUCAGGUAUGCCAUCGGAGCGCCACCCUUACACUUCGUCAUCUGCAAUAAAUGACUUGGGACCGGAUGAGGAGGAGUAUGCUGCUGAGAAGAUUUUGCUUUUGAAGCAACUGGCUCGUAUUGAGCGUGAGACUGGUUGGAAGACUGCGGAUCGUGCUGCUGCGCUGAGGAUGCUAUGGGGGCUUGGCUAGAACAGUAGUCUAUCUACUCUCGAAUAUAUGAUUUGAGAACAAUAGAUGAGGAGAUAAACUCCCGGAGGUCCUUUAUGAACAAGUCCGGCCUUUCCAAAGAUGAAAAAUGCCCGCCUUUCUCAUAUUCCCUCCAGUACUGGAUGUUAGCGGCCUGGGUGGCCCAGUCUCGGGGACACUGGGGAGUAAUUGUUAGCAAUCUACGUCAUAACAGG